AUGAUACCGAGCGAAAAAAAAGAUGGUAAAUUGAGACAUCCAGCAGACUCAAAAACAUGGAAAGAUGUUGACCAAAAGUGGCCUGAAUUCGCAUCAGAGACUAGGAACCUUCGACUGGCUUUAUCAUCUGAUGGAUUCAAUCCUUUCCACGGAAAUCGUACUGAUCACUCAACCUGGCCUGUAUUGUUAUCGAUUUACAAUCUUCCACCCUGGCUUUCUAUGAAGAAAAGAUAUAUAAUGUUUUGCUUGUUGAUAUCUGGCCCGACUGAGUCAGGAAAUGAUAUUGAUGUGUACCUCCAACCGCUUUUAGAAGAUUUACAGGAGUUAUGGCAUGGGAAGCAAGUGUACGAUGCAUAUAAGAAAGAGUUUUUCAUGCUUAGGGGAAUUUUAUUAUGGACAAUAAGUGAUUAUCCGGCUUUAGGUUGUUUGUCUGGAAAUGUCACUAAAGGGUAUAAUGCUUGUACAAUUUGUGUUGAUCAAACAAAUGCUACAAGGCUGGUUAAUUACCGCAAGACAGUGGUUAUGAGGCAUCGGAGGUGGUUAACAAGGCAACAUCCAUAUAGAAGGCAAAAAUUAGCUUUUGAUAACACUGUGGAGAAGGGCGUUGCUCCAAUUCCUUUAACUGGAGAGGAAGUUUUUGAAAGAGUACAACAUCUAAGGAGCCAUGUCUUUGGUAAGAAACAACGCCAACCUCGAUGGAAGAAGGGUGAACCUCGACCCAUAUGGAAGAAGGUUUCUAUAUUCUUCCAACUUGAGUAUUGGAAGUUUUUGCCAGUUAGGCAUUGCCUCGAUGUAAUGCACAUCGAGAAAAAUAUCUGUGAAGCUUUGGUUGGUACUCUACUAAAUAUUCCAGGAAAGACUAAAGAUAGAGAGUCUGUCCGUCUUGACAUGGCUGGGAUGGGAAUAAGAACGGAGCUGAGGCCAAAAACUCCUGGAAAGAAAGAGAAGCUAGAGAAACACUUUCCCCCGUCGUUUUUUGAUGUGAUGAUACAUCUCUCAAUUCAUCUUGUGAGAGAGGUUGAGCUUUGCGGGUCAAUCUUUCUACGCUGGAUGUAUCCUUUCGAGAGGUAUAUGAAGACCUUCAAGGGGUAUGUACGGAACCCAGCUCAUCCAGAAGGUUGUAUUGCCGAGGGGUAUUGUGCAGAAGAGGCUGUGCAAUGUUUGGUUGACUUGGAAGAUACUACAGGAUUGCAUCAAGAUACUAAACAUAAUGAAGAUACAAUAUGCAGACCCUUAUCAGGUGCAACAAUGAUAAAGCCCAACAUUGCUUUUACUUGCAGCGAACAUAUGGCACACUUGAUGAUGAGAUUUCCACAACAUGAGAAUGACGAACAUUGGCUAAAAAACAAGCAAAAUGAUGAAUUUCCUAAAUGGUUACAGAAAAAGAGUAAGUCAGAAUUGGUUGAUGACAAGAAUAAGGUAACUAAAGAGAUCAUGUGGAUUGCGGAAGGCCCCAACAAGGAUGUUCCAACAUUCAGCGGCUACAAAAUUAAUGGUGUAACUUAUAGCACGAAAGAGCGUGAUGAUAAACGACAAGUUCAGAGCAGCGGUGUUUGUGUUGCUGCACAUACAAUGAUUGUGCAGAGUAAGGGUAUGGAUAUUCAACACACUUCACAUACAUAUUAUGGAGUAAUAACUAGUAUAUGGGAGUUAGACUAUAACGAGUUUAGAGUCCCUAUAUUUCAUUGUAACUGGGUAGAUAUGAACAGAGGGGUUAAAGUAGAUGACUUAGGAUAUACAUUGGUGAAUUUACAAAAAUUAGGUUAUGUAAAUGAUCCAUUUGUUUUAGGGAAACAUGUUAAGCAAGUUUGUUAUAUUGAUGACCCUCUUGAGAAAAUGUGGUCUGUUGUGUUGAGAUUACCAGACAAGAACUAUUAUGAUCAAAGUGAUGAUGAAAAUGAAGGAUGCGUAGAAAUUGAACUUGAGAAUGAGCUAGAUGUGCGAAUGUUCCCCACUGUUGACGAACACGAGGAACAAAAACUCUAA